CGAGAUUAUCAGAUGGAAAGCGCUAAUUGCGGUGGAGUGGAAGGCUAAAGCUUGCGGCCGCGCGCUCCGCACGCUCCGGGCGCCAAGCACGCCUCGCUCCGGUGCGAUGAGGCUGACCGCGCUGAAGCUGUCCGUGGUCGCGCUCCUCCUCCUCCUCCUCCUCGGCCCCGCGGACCACGCCGACGGCGGCCCCGGCCCCCCGUCGCCCAGGAAGAGACCCAACAAAGGGCUGCGGCCUUUGACGCGCCUGGUCGUGGAGAUGCCCGUGAUGGUGGGUUGCCCCAAUGUGCCGGACAACUCCAUCAGGUUCAACAACAUGAGCGUGGCCUUGGCGGGCAAGAACGACUUUGUCCUCAACGGCGAGUACGACAUCUUACGCGAGGCCAAGGAUAUCGCCGAGGUGGUGAUCGGGUUCACAAAGUGCCGCGAGCACCAGUCGGCCAACACCUGCGAGAACUUUCAGACCUGGCGCUUCAAUAAGGGAGUGUGCCACCUAAUGUACCAGCCCAACACUAUGUGGAGCAAGUUCCACGACUAUGUAACUCCAAGGCCGACCUGCCCCAGCAAAGCGGGCAAGUAUCUGAUCCGUAACGCAACCUUGGACAUGAAAGCAAUGCAAGCCCUACCUCUCCCUCUAGAAGGUAAUGUGUGGAUUAUAAGAUUUUCUCAAUUUGAGCCCAAUGGAAAACUACACACCUGCACAGAUACAGAGUUACGGUUCCACAGGGCAAGAGAAAAUUGAGUAUAGAGGUCCAGGUUUGUACUUUUCUUUUUUCAAAAAACAAAACAAUGGAAGAAAGGCAAAUAAAACAAAAUUUGGGUAAAAACGUUUUUUUAAAAAUAAAUUACACAAUGUGUAGAGCAGUUUGAUAAUCCGCUUCCAUAAUGUGACAUUAUGAAUUGGUUUAAGCUUUUUUAGGUUUUGCAGGAAAACUGCUGAGCAUAACACUGCAAUGAACAAAUACUGAAAAAUAUAUCUUUUGGCCUCAUUC